CGCAACUUCACCGUCACCAGCAAUGCUCUCCUCGCUGGCAAAGCCGCUGCGUGCGGCAUGCCCUAGCGCAUCACUCGCGGGGCCCAGCACCAUCGCAAAACGCACCGCCGCCUCGGUAGCCCCGCCGUACGCCUUCCCAGGCAAGGCCAUGCCUCGCAAAUACCCGGAGCGCAAACGGUUCAAGGUGGACGAGUACACCCGCCUGCUGAGCUCGAGCAAGACGCACCCGCUCAUCCUCUUCCGGCACAUCGACUUCUCCGUCCCGCGGCUGCUCCAGCUGCGCAAGGACAUCGCCGCCGCCGCGCUCAAGCACGCCCCGAAACCGAAGCCCUCGCUCGCCGCGCUCACGCCCGCGCGCCCGCAUCCACACCCGAACUCCCCUGCUCCACCACCACCACUCCCGCAGUUCGUCAUCGCGUCGACGGCCUUCUUCGGCGUCGCGCUGCGACAGCACCCCGACUUUGACGACACCGCGCGCGAGGCGAUCGCCCAGAUGGCAGGCGGCACGCUCGCGGUGCUGACCUUCCCCGAGCUGAACCCGCCGCAGCUGCUCGCGGUGCUCGCGGCGGUCGCGCGGGCGGUGCCGCCGCGCGGCGCGCGCCCCCGCGCCGCGCCCGACCUCGCGCUCGUGGGCGCUGUCAUCGAGGGCCGCGCGGUCAGGGUCGAGGACGUGCGGAGCGUCGCGCAGCUCCCGGACCUGGAGACGUUGCGCGCGCAGAUCGUCGGGCUCCUCAGCGCGCCGGCUGGGCAGCUCUCGGCGGUCCUUGGUGAGGCGGGCGGGGCGAAGUUGGCGAGGACGUUGAAGGGUCUUGAGAAGAGCUUGGAGGAGGGUCAGUCGGAUGCGCCGCCGCCGUAG